CGCCCCGGCUGGGUGUGGACACAGUUCUCGGGCCGCGUCGGGCCGGGCGGGUGGCGCGUUCCUGCGGGUUGGGCGGCUGGGCCCUCCGGGGUGUGGCCACCCCGCGCUCCGCCCCGCGCCCCUCCUCCGCCGCCGGCUCCCGGGUGUGGUGGCCGCUCCAGCUCUCCGCUCUCCCAGCUCCGCGCCGCCGCCCGGCCCCUCUAGCUUCCCGGUAAGGCGGUGGCGGCGCAUCCCCCGGCGACUCCUCCCGUUCCCUCUUCCGCUUGCGCUGCCGCAGAACCAUGGCCAACCUCGAGCGCACCUUCAUUGCCAUCAAGCCGGACGGCGUGCAGCGCGGCCUGGUGGGCGAGAUCAUCAAGCGCUUCGAGCAGAAGGGGUUCCGCCUCGUGGCCAUGAAGUUCCUCCGGGCCUCUGAAGAACACCUGAAGCAGCACUACGUUGACCUGAAAGACCGCCCAUUCUUCCCUGGGCUGGUGAAGUACAUGAACUCAGGGCCGGUCGUGGCCAUGGUCUGGGAGGGGCUGAACGUGGUGAAGACAGGCCGAGUGAUGCUUGGGGAGACCAAUCCAGCAGAUUCUAAGCCAGGCACCAUUCGUGGGGACUUCUGCAUUCAGGUUGGCAGGAACAUCAUUCAUGGCAGUGAUUCAGUAAAAAGUGCUGAAAAAGAAAUCAGCCUAUGGUUUAAGCCUGAAGAACUGGUUGACUACAAGUCUUGUGCUCAUGACUGGGUCUAUGAAUAAGAGGUGGACACAGCAGCAGUCUCCUUCAGCACGGCGUGGUGUGUCCCUGGACACAGCUCUUCAUUCCACUGACUUAGAGGCAACAGGAUCGAUGAUUCUUUUAUAGAGCAUAUUUGCCAGUAAAGCUUUUGGAAGCUGGA